GGGGGCGGAGGCGCCUUGUCUGCCGCCUUUCCGCGGCGGAAGUGGCCGUUGGGCCUGGUAGCUCUUCUGGGUCAGCGUCAUUGCCGUCAUCCUUACCGUCAUCGUCGUGAUCAUAUCAUUAUGACAACGCUCCGCGCCUUCACCUGCGACGACCUCUUCCGAUUCAAUAACAUCAAUCUGGACCCGCUGACCGAGACCUACGGGAUUCCCUUCUACUUGCAGUACCUCGCCCAUUGGCCCGAGUAUUUCAUCGUCGCCGAGGCGCCCGGCGGGGAGCUGAUGGGUUACAUCAUGGGCAAAGCCGAGGGCUCUGUGGCUAGGGAAGAAUGGCAUGGACACGUUACUGCUCUCUCUGUUGCUCCAGAAUUUCGACGGCUGGGUUUGGCUGCUAAAUUGAUGGAGCUCCUGGAAGAAAUUUCAGAAAGAAAGGGUGGAUUUUUUGUCGAUCUCUUUGUGAGAGUAUCAAAUCAGGUUGCUGUAAAUAUGUAUAAGCAACUAGGCUACAGUGUGUACCGGACAGUCUUAGAGUACUACUCAGCUAGCAGUGGGGAGCCAGAUGAAGAUGCUUAUGAUAUGAGAAAAGCUCUUUCCAGAGAUACAGAGAAGAAAUCAGUUAUACCUCUGCCUCAUCCUGUGAGGCCAGAAGACAUCGAGUAACUAUAAGCUGUCAUUCUCAUGCAAUUUACUAAGUGUUCAGGUUCCAUCUCCUAAAGCCGCCAGCAACUUAUGGAUAAGAAGAUUUUCUCCGAAUGCUUUUCCCAUAAAAUACUAAAAAGCAAUGUUGAGAAGCUGACUGACACUGCUUCUGUUGCUAAUGGCUGUAAUACUGCCACACUUACUCAAUUAUUUUUCCUUUCACAUAUUGGAGAUUUGGAGACUUAUUAAAAUGGAAUUGCUUUCUGUAUGGUCUUGGUUUUCUUGCUGCAGCUGCAAUUUAUUUCUGCUUCAGGAAGCAUCUCAUUGUAUAGUCUGCAAUUUAACGGCUCCCAUGCCAGAUUAAUUGUGGUGGACAAAGGCAUAUGAAGUCAGGACACUCAACUGGGAUGCCCCAAACCCCUGCCAAUAGCAAGUUACCAAAUAACAAACCCCCAGGAUACAAAAAGCUCAGGUACAAAAAUAACCAAACUCCCAGCCUACAAAAGCACCAAAUCUCAGCCUACAAAAAGCUUAGGUUCCAAAAUACGAGAAUAACCUAGUUUCAGAAUAAUAAAAAAACAAAUUUCAAGACACCAAAGAAAACCAGGUUUCAAAAUCACAGAUUUAAAAUACCAGAAUUUUAACCUAACCCAAGCUGCAAAAUGGCAAAAAAAUCCAGUUUCAAAAUACCAGAACAGCAAGUUCAGAAAUAGCAAAAUAACACCGUGUCAAUACACUAGAAUACCAAGUUCCAAAACACCAAACUACUUCCAUUUCAAAAUACCAGAACAUCAAGUUUCAAAAUACCAGAACAUCAAGUUCCAAAAUACCAGAACGACCCCAUUUCAAAAUGUCAAAAUGCAAAAUACCAAAUUUCAGAUCUCUUACAUGGGUAGGAUUCCCAAACCCAAAAGAACGCAAUGUUGUCAAAAUGGGAUGUGUGCUACCAAAGUGGAUAUUAUUUCCUCUGAAAAGCUUUCCUCUGAUGACCAUCAAUACAUGUGUAUUUAUUUUAGUUGUACAGCCAGAUGUAAUAAAAAUUUUACUUUAAAUGCAAA